AUGAAAAACUCCAGCUCAAGUAAUGCGGAAUUAUCAUCCUACUAUUGCUUAAAUGUGACUAAACGUUGGUCAACCGAAGGCUAUGUGGAAUACGCCUACAACUAUGAGCAAAACAACGCUUCACAUUUAAAUCCAAAUUUAGCAGAGUACAACAGGGUGGAAGAAACUUGGUCUAAUGAUGCUUCCGUUUACGACUGGGACGCCGUGCAGUUGGCAGCAAGUUUGGCAACACCUUCACCGAUCCAAGAGAUUCUAACAGGCAGCAGCACAGCCGCUUCAUCAAUGCCCAGUACUCAUCGCAAGGAACGCACGGCGUUUACAAAGCCUCAACUCAAGCAACUGGAGGCGGAGUUUAGCUAUUCCAAUUAUCUGACGCGACUUAGACGUUAUGAGAUUGCCGUUUCAUUGGAGCUGAGUGAACGUCAGGUGAAGGUCUGGUUUCAAAAUCGUCGCAUGAAGUGCAAACGCAUCAAACUCGAGAAGUUGGGCGGUCCCAGUUCCAGCUCCACAAAGCAGCAAUAGUUUCAUCGGUCUUAGUUUUAAGACAAACUUUUUAUACAAAUGUUUAAUUUUUGAUUUACUUAA